AUGUCAGAAGAAUGUUUAAAAACCGAGCUGGACCUAUUCACAGUACCAUUAACACAGACCGUUAUUGAAAAAAAUACAUAUAUAGAAGUACCACCGUUGUCAGCAAUAUCAGAAACAUCACCUCUGGAGUUUUUUAUAGCGGGGACUGGAGAGGAUUAUGUGGACCUAAACAACACCCUGGUUUUUUUGCGUCUCAAAAUCACUAACGCAGACGGCACAGACAUAGCAGACGGAGCCCCCGUGGGGCUUAUUAACUAUGCUGGAUCUACGAUAUUUUCACAAGUGGACGUGUCGCUUGGAGACCGUCUCAUAUCACAAAGUUCCAACACAUAUCCUUAUCGAUGCAUAAUAGAGUGUCUCACCAAUUAUGGAAAAGACGCUCUUGAAACGCUGUUCUCAGCGGGGCUCUUUUACAAAGACACGGCCGGUCACAUGGACGUAACGGACCCCGCUGGUGGUAAUAGAGGUUUGACCAAACGAGCUGCAUUUACCAACGCCAGCAACGUUGUUGAACUACUGGCCCCCAUUCACAGUGACAUAUUCUUUCAAGAAAAACUAAUGCUUAACGGCGUGGACAUUAAAAUUCGCAUGACGAGGGCGAAAGAUGAAUUCUGUUUGAUGAGGAACGACGCUGUGGCCUAUAAACUAAACAUCGUGUCAGCUUCACUGUUUGUGAAAAAAGUGUCGGUAUCACCAGGUGUGAGAUUGGGGCACGCGCAAGCAUUGCUCUCGACGCCAGCCAAAUACCCCAUCGACAGGGUGUGUGUGAAAAACUUCUCAAUCCCUGUAGGCUCACGUGUUUGUAAUCAAGAAAACUUGUUCUUAGGAACCCUACCAAAAUCCGUUGUUCUGGCUAUGGUUGAUAAUGAUGCGUUUACAGGCUCGUAUGAUAAAAAUCCGUUCGCCUUUAAAAACUAUGACCUAGAAUUUUUGGCAGUUUAUCUGGACGGCCAACAGCACCCCGCUAAACCUCUGCAGCCUGAAUAUGGAAGUGGCUCUGCGGUACGCGAAUUUUACCAGUUAGCGCUGGCUUCUGGAAAGCAUCUUAAAAAUCAACCUCUAGCUAUUGAUAGGGAGGAUUUUCUGCAUGGGUAUACCCUUUAUGCGUUUAAUCUCACGCCGGACGAAGACUGCAGUCAACACGUGUCGCUUAUCAAGUCUGGGAACAUUAGGCUAGAAGCACGUUUUAGACAACCUCUACCCCGAACGAUCAACUUAAUCGUUUAUGCCAUAUUUGACAGCAUCAUCGAAGUGUCAAAUCGCAGACAGAUCCUGGUUGAUUACUAUUAA